UUUCUUUCGGUAACAUUCCGUUGAACGUUCGCAAACAACGGUCAACAAUAGAUUUCGUUAUGUGAAAAGUGCUUUAUUAAUUGUAUUUUAAAAUAAUAAUGUAUGAAUAUAAUGUUAAAAGCCGAGACGAUGCUAGAGGGAAUGGAAAGCUUAGUGUAUUUCGGUGACAACUAACGACCCUGGGUUGUAUCUUUGGACAAUCAUUUUGGCGGUAUAUGACACAUGCCUAUGGUCUAUUUUUUGACAUUAUGUGUUGUUGAGUUUAGCUUAUGUAGUGUUGUGACGUGGGAAGUGAAUGGUUUUUGUUGGAUUUCGUAUAUAUGCACGAAGGAUAUACUUUAUAGGUGAAAAUGGCGACCGAUACGGCACAAGUAACAGGGGCAACUACACCUGGCGCAGACAGCUUAGGACCAGAUACAGGUCAGGCGUUAGUGGCACAGGCUCCCAAGAAACCGGCGAGACCUAGAGGCAAGCCGCAACCUGAGAAGCCGAAGCGGAGUCUAUUUUGUUUAGGUCUUAAAAAUCCACUCAGGAAGCUGUGCUACGAUAUAGUUGAGUGGAAACCAUUUGAAUACAUGAUAUUGACGACAAUUUUUGCAAAUUGCAUAGCCUUAGCAGUGUUCACGCCUUAUCCGAGCAGUGAUACUAAUAAUACUAAUCAGAUAUUGGAAAAAGUGGAGUGGGUUUUUAUGGUAAUUUUUACGGGAGAAUGUGUAAUGAAGAUUAUAGCAUACGGAUUCUUAAUGCAUCCCGGUGCUUAUUUAAGAAAUACUUGGAAUAGUUUAGAUUUUACUAUAGUUACUAUUGGCAUAAUUAGUAUGGUCCUACAAUACAUUUCCAAAGACUCGUUUGAUGUGAAAGCUCUGAGGGCUUUCAGGGUACUGCGGCCACUUCGCCUGGUGUCCGGUGUUCCAAGUCUUCAAAUAGUUUUAAAUUCUAUCCUAAAAGCAAUGAUUCCGCUUUUCCACAUUGCUUUUUUGGUGCUAUUUGUGAUCAUUAUCUACGCUAUUAUUGGCCUGGAGCUCUUUUCUGGGGUACUUCACGACACCUGCUUUUAUAUAGAAACUGGUGAAAUGGUAGAAGAACCAUCAGCUUGUAGCAGGGAUCCUGAUGUAGGCUUCCAGUGUGACGAAGGUCAAAUUUGUAGAGACUAUUGGAAAGGACCAAACGAUGGAAUAACCAAUUUUGAUAAUAUCGGUUACUCUAUGUUAACAGUGUUCCAGUGCAUUACUCUUGAAGGUUGGACUGAUAUUAUGUAUCAUAUAGCUGAUGUAAAAGGAAACACCUGGGUGUGGAUUUACUUUGUGACGAUGGUCAUUUUUGGCAACUUCUUCGUUAUGAAUCUAAUUCUUGGUGUACUAUCAGGAGAAUUUUCAAAGGAAAGAGAAAAAGCGAAAAGCCGUGGCGAUUUUCAGAAGUCGCGAGAAAGACAACAGUUUGAAGAAGACCUUAAAGGUUACCUUAAUUGGAUCACAGUUGCUGAGGAGUUGGACCUAGAGAAUGAUCAAGGGCAGAAAGAUGAAGAUAGAGAUUCACCAGGUAAAAAGGAACGCAAAAGUAACGACGAAUCUCAGAACAAUAUGAACGCAAAUGGCGAGCAAACGCAAACUUCUACUUGCAAAAUUUAUUGCAAAAGAUUUGAUAAGAUCAACCGUCGCAUGCGUAGAGCGUGUAGAAAAGCUGUCAAGUCGCAAGCCUUCUACUGGGCGAUUAUCGUACUCGUUUUCCUUAACACUUUGGUGUUAGCCUCAGAACAUUAUCAACAACCUCACUAUCUUGACGACUUCCAGAAUUACGCUAACUACCUGUUUGUGGUUCUGUUUACGAUAGAAAUGCUUGUCAAAAUGUACGCUUUGGGCAUCCAGGGUUACUUCGUCUCCUUAUUCAACCGCUUUGAUUGUUUCGUCAUGGUGUGCUCGAUAGUAGAGUUGGCUCUAACGCACACUGAUAUCAUUCCACAGCUGGGUAUUUCUGUGCUGCGUUGCGUACGACUACUCAGGGUGUUUAAAGUAACCAAGUACUGGCGAUCUCUCUCUAAUCUUGUUGCUUCUCUGCUUAACUCCAUCCAAUCUAUCUUCUCCCUUCUUCUUCUACUUUUUCUGUUCAUCAUGAUCUUCGCGCUGCUGGGAAUGCAGGUUUUCGGUGGAAGAUUUGACUACGACCCUGUAAAAGAAAAGGAGAGGCAUAACUUUGACUCUUUCUGGCAGGCUGUUUUAACAAUGUUUCAAAUAUUAACGGGUGAAGAUUGGAACGCAGUCAUGUAUCACGGUAUUAAUGCAUAUGGUGGUUUUGAUUCACCUGGCAUGCUUGCAUCGAUUUACUUCAUAGUUAUUUUUAUCUGCGGUAAUUAUAUUUUAUUGAACGUUUUCUUGGCCAUCGCUGUAGACAAUUUGGGAGAUGCUGAAGAAAUGGAAGAAAUACAGAAAGCAAAAGAGGAAGCUGAAAAUCCUGAAGCUGGUAAUCCUCAGUUAGAAGAAGAUAGAGGCGAGACUGACGACGAAUACGUUAACGAAGAAGAAGGUUAUUCUAGUGAAGGGUCAGAGAAUGAAUACGAAGAAACAGGAUCCGAAGAAGAAGUUGAUGAACAAGAAUCUGAAGAAAGAAACGACGUAAACGAAGUUUUGGUCAACAACGAUAUAAAACAAAACGGAGACGUAAAGAAAGACGAAACACAAUCCAUGAAACGGCAGCCAACAGUAUCUGCUCGCCCACGUCGUCUGUCAGAAGUGGAAAUCAAAUCGCAGGAGAAACCAAUACCUGAAGGCAGUAGUUUCUUCAUAUUUUCCAAAAACAAUUGGUUCCGAGUGACAUGUUAUAGAGUGCAAAACAACUCCUGGUUUAAGAAUUUGAUUCUUAUUUGCAUUUUGGCUUCAUCGCUAAUGUUGGCUAUGGAGGAGCCUGUGCCUACCGGAGUUACUAAUGAGAUCCUCCGCAAGAUCGACUACUUCUUUACGACGGUGUUCACUAUCGAAUUGGUACUAAAACUCAUCACUUAUGGCUUCAUUUUUCACAAAGAUGCGUUCUGCCGGUCCGCUUUCAACCUUCUGGACUUACUGGUCGUCAUUGUCUCCCUCGUGUCUCUUACAGGGUCCAAUAAUGUAUCUUUUAUUAAAAUUUUGAGAGUUUUUCGAGUGUUGAGGCCUUUGAGGGCUAUCAACAGAGCUAAGGGCUUGAAGCACGUAGUUCAGUGCGUGAUUGUCGCUAUUAAAACAAUCGGCAACAUUUUGCUGGUGACAAACCUACUACAAUUCAUGUUCGCUGUAAUGGGGGUGCAAAUGUUCAAGGGAAAGUUUUUCAAAUGCAGUGAUAUCACAAAGGUGACUAAGGAAGAGUGCCGGGGAUCGUACUUAGUUUAUGAAAAUCAAAAGCCACAAAUAAAAGACAGACUAUGGCAGAAGAAUAAAUUCAAUUUCGACGAUGUGCUGAACGGCAUGCUGACACUGUUCACAGUGUCGACUUUUGAAGGGUGGCCGGGAUUAUUAUCUACUUCUAUGGAUUCUAACCAAGAGGAUCACGGACCUAUUGAGAAUUCACGACCUCUUGUAGCCUUCUUCUAUAUAAGUUACAUCAUCGUUAUUGCUUUCUUUAUGGUCAACAUAUUCGUUGGUUUCGUCAUAGUGACGUUCCAAAAGGAGGGUGAGCAAGAAUUCAAAGACUGCGAACUUGACAAGAAUCAGAGGAACUGUAUCGAAUUUGCUUUGAAAGCAAAGCCAGUUAGGAGGUACAUACCGAAACACCGAAUCCAAUAUAAAACUUGGUGGUUCGUGACGUCACCACGUUUUGAGUACGUUAUAUUUUUCUUCAUCGUGCUCAACACUGUGGCACUUAUGAUGAAAUUUCACACCGCUCCUCCCGAGUAUAGAAAGGUUUUGGACUACUUAAAUAUGAUACUAACAACAGUUUUUAUGCUUGAAUUUGUCUUCAAAUUGGCUGCCUUCAGAUUUAAAAAUUAUUUUGGCGACGCCUGGAACACCACUGACUUCAUUCUAGUCAUAGGCAGUAUAAUUGAUAUUGUGGUGACACAAGCUAAUGAAAAUAAUCCGAAAUUGCCGGGUUCUAGUAUUUCAUCAGCUAAAGGAAUUGAUGAGGGUAGUACCCAGACAAUAGGUUUAAAGUACAUCACAUUCUUCCGUUUGUUCCGUGCCAUGCGUUUGAUUAAGCUGCUUUCACGUGGUGAACGCAUCAGAACUCUGCUUUGGACCUUCAUUAAGUCCUUCCAGGCUCUUCCAUACGUCGCAUUACUGAUUGUUCUGUUGUUCUUCAUCUACGCUGUUGUUGGAAUGCAGUUAUUCGGAAAAGUCGAGUAUUCGGAAAUAAUUACCAGGAAUAAUAACUUCCGGACAUUUGGAGGCGCUCUAAUGCUCUUGUUCAGAUCAGCUACAGGUGAAGCAUGGCAAGACAUAAUGAUGGCUCUAUCGCCAAACGGAGCUGAGAUACCCGACGAGCCGGUUCGAUGCAUUCCCACCAAUUCCACUACAGAAGGUUCAGAAGAGAUUUGCGGCUCAACGCUUGCAUUCCCUUAUUUUAUAUCAUUUUCCCUCCUUUGUACCUUUUUGAUUAUAAACUUGUUUGUCGCUGUCAUCAUGGACAACUUCGAUUAUUUGACAAGAGAUUGGUCUAUCCUUGGACCCCAUCAUCUGGAUGAAUUUGUUCGGCUUUGGAGUGAGUACGACCCGGACGCAAAAGGGAGAAUAAAGCACCUGGACGUUGUAACUUUAUUGAGAAAAAUUAGUCCGCCGUUAGGUUUCGGUAAGCUGUGUCCACACCGGACAGCCUGCAAGCGACUGGUCUCCAUGAACAUGCCUCUCAACUCAGACGGCACCGUCAACUUCAACGCAACGCUAUUUGCCGUAGUGCGGACGCAGUUACAGAUAAAAACUACAGGGGUCAUAGACGAAUGUAACACGGAACUAAGGGCCAUUAUUAAGAAGAUCUGGAAACGCACAUCGCCGAAGCUGCUCGACCAAGUAGUCCCACCUCCAGGAGAUCCUAACGAGAUCACAGUGGGCAAGUUCUACGCGACAUUCCUCAUUCAAGACUAUUUCAGAAGGUUCCGUAAACGUAAGGAGCAAGCAGCCGCGGCGUCCAUGCAGAACCACCAGAUGACCCUGCAGGCUGGUCUGCGGACUCUUCACGAAGCUGGCCCCGAGCUCAAAAGAGCUAUAUCCGGAAAUCUGGACGAGAUUGUACCAGAGACUGUCGAGCCUAUGCAUAGGCGCAACCACACACUGUUCGGUGCAGUAUGGACAACGAUCAAGAAGCGUGGUCGGGAGAGUUUCUACAAGCCACCAAUGCCCAAACCUGAGAAAAAGCUAAGCGGGCCUCCUAAAAGUGGUCAAACGCUUAGUUUGAUGAUGCAACGAGAAUUGGGCUUAGAUGGCAAGAUCCCCGAGGACGACUCAAAAUUCGACGAUGGACAUCAAAGUGACGAGGAAAUAGCGAUGCAACCACUUUUACAUGGAAAAGACUCCGAACGAAUAUUUAAGGUUAUUGAAAAAACAUCGCACGACUUAAUGCAGAAUAUGCGAAACAGCCAUCGUGACAAGACACCAAGACAAAACAGCGCCGUGCCUUAUUGUGUAGAGAAUCCAGCGGAGAGCCUUAUCGCUCGAGUAUUAAUGGAGGAGGGGCUGGGCAAGUACUGUGAUAAGGACUUCAUACAGAGCACCUCCCGCGAGAUGCAGGAGGCGCUCGACCUCACGCAGGAGGAGAUGGACACCGCCGCAAACCAAAUCAUUCUGCAAGAACGGAAAAUGAGUCGAGCUCAGAACGGACCAAGCGACGUGGAAAGUAUACUGGCUCGGCAGUAUCAUCCUUUUCAUCAGCCUCCGAUGCAGCCUCCUCCAAGAAAAAAAUAAAUUUUACAAUUUUAAUUUUUGGCUUCUAGUUUGUUCCCUAUACUGGUUGGCAACCGUAUAGGUUUUUUUUUACCCUUUUUUAGGGUUUUUGGGCUACCCGUGUAGCAGUUCUUUUCGGGGUUUUGAGGAGAUGCCGAUUUUUAUUGAAUAAUUUGUAAAUAUUUGUUUCAGUGUGGUUAAUGGAAGUCUGUUUCAGUUUUUUGGCAUAGUUAAAUUUUAUAGAGCUUAAAAUAUCAAAUAAAUGAAUUUUUACGUACAAAAUGUGUAAUUCUCGUGGAUACAUUUUAAAAUUAAGAAUAGAUCAGUAAUAGUUACGACCAAAAAUAAAUUGUCUUUAGCCUUAAAUAAAAAAAUAUGACCUGUUAUCUGUUAUUUCGAAUGAAUAUGUUUAAUAGAUAUAUUUAAAAAUGAUAGUUACCCUAUUACUUGUUGCUUGUGUAUUUUUUUUUCUAUUUCUUGUAAUUAAAAAUAUUUUAUAAGCAUAUUUUUAAAUAACUUAUGAGUCCUACCAUAAUAUUUAAAAAAAAUGCCCAUCAAUAUUUAAGAUUUUUUUUAUAAUUAAAGUAAAUAUAUAUUUUUUUUGGAAUGUUAAAUUAUGAAUGUUCUUUUUGGUUGACUUUUUAUUUUUUAAUAUUUUUCUAACUAGUUCUUAAUUUUUUAUUAUAGUACUAUGUACUACCAUUGUACCCAAGACAUGAAUGGGGCUUGCAACUGAGAGGAUUGCGAAUUUACUUUAUAGCCGUUUUGUAAGAUGAUCAAAAAACGUAACUGAAAAUAUUUUGUUUUUAUUAGUUUUUAUGUGACCGCAUGUUUGUGUAUAUCCUACAAAAAAGGAAACAAUGUUAAAAUAGCGACGUGGCAAAUCGGUGUUGUACAAAUUUAAUUUUAUUAAAGAUGUCAGUAGACCCAAAUCUAUUCUUGUUCAUUGCGCACAAUCUUGUCCGAUUAGUAAUUCUAUACUCGUGCUUUUACGUAAAAUAUUAUGAAUGAGCAAAUGUUAUAUAUAUAACUAAACAAUUAUAAAGUAUUAAAAUACGAAAAAAUAAAACAGCGCGGCAAUGUGCCUUAAAUUGAAAAAAAAGGAAAAAAGUAGAAAAUUUAAGUAAAUAUAUUUAAGAAGUCUUGUGCCAAAAUAUGCAAAUAUUAUAUAUUUUGUAUUCGAUUUUUCGCUGUUCCUGUAUUUUCCAUUAUACGUGCUUCAUGUAUGAAGAAUGAACGUUUGACAUAAUAUCUUAUUAAUCGUACUAUCAUAAGUAAUAUAUUACUAUACCUACGUUUACAUGUUAGAGUUUUCAUUUAUAAAUGAAAUAUGAAACGAGUGUUUCUAGUCAUCGUCUAUCGCUUCUUUAGAUAAAUUUAAAUAUCUAAUGUUUAUAAAAUAUAGUUAUAUUUAAAUGUUGUAUUUUGUAUGGAAUAUAUUGAAAUUGUUGUGCUAUUAAACUUUUAAAUUUU